GAAACAAGAAUUGAGAGUCAGAGUGCAGACAUAGCUGUUUCUUGCUGGAAUGUCUGCUCUUGGGAAACAGAUAACAGGGAUGAGAAAGCUGAGCCAAAAAGGGAGUGACCAGCCACCGCCGAAAUAGGGAACCGAGGACGGGACGGAAGUACCUGUUUAUUUGGAAUGGGAGGCAGAAGAGGGAAGCGAAGACUGACUAGUAGGCUGGUGGGGAGUUAGGCAUGUUGCUCUGGAAGAAGAGCAGCUGCAGUAUGAGCAUGUGCACGCGCUCAUUUGUGAGCAUAUUGGUGUUUGUGUUUGUUGUCUUGGUGGGUAGUUGUGUGUGUGUGAGUGUGUGUGGUUGGGGGGCGGGGGUAGGGGACGGCAGUAGCUCUCACUGAAUGGAAGGAAGAGGGGGCGGAGCUCUGUGUAGGUGCUGAGGAAGGGGCUGCCCUAUGUAGGGCGUCUGGAGAGCUGGGAGUCUGAUUGUCCGUCUGUCCAACCGCCGCUCCUAGCGUGGGCGGAGGAAGGCAUUCUCACACAUCCAUCCAUCCAUCCAUCCAUCCAUCCAUCCAUCCACCCGCCUGUCCGCGGGCCUCCUCCCCCAUCCAAAGCCCCAGCGGUGGCCGCUGUCAGACUGAGGCCAGGCGGGGCCGAGGCGUGGCGCUACUGGGAAGUGAAUCCCAGUCUCCUCCCCAGCGGCUGCAGCGGGCGCCGCCGCCGACAUGACCGAUAACAUCCCUCUGCAGCCUGUCAGGCAGAAGAAACGAAUGGAUAGCAAGCACCGCGCCGGGUGUUGUGAUUGCUUGAGAUGCUGUGGCCGAGGAGAUCCCCGGCCCCGAACAGUCUGGCUUGGCCACCCUGAAAAAAGGGACCAGAGGUAUCCUCGAAAUGUGAUCAAUAAUCAGAAGUACAGCCUGUUUACCUUUCUUCCAGGGGUGCUGUUUAAUCAGUUCAAAUACUUUUUCAAUCUUUACUUCUUACUUUUGGCCUGUUCUCAGUUUGUCUCUGAAAUGAGACUCGGAGCACUUUACACAUACUGGGUUCCCCUGGGGUUCGUGCUGGCCGUCACCAUCAUCCGAGAAGCAGUGGAAGAGAUCCGAUGUUACAUGCGGGACAAGGAAGUGAACUCCCAGAUCUAUAGCAAGCUCACAGCGAGAGGCACGGUGAAGGUGAAGAGUUCUGGCAUCCAAGUGGGAGAUCUUAUCCUUGUUGAAAAGAACCAACGGGUCCCUGCUGACAUGAUCUUCCUGAGGACAUCAGAAAAAAAUGGGUCUUGCUUCUUGAGGACGGAUCAGUUAGAUGGGGAGACAGACUGGAAACUACGCUUGCCCGUGGCUUGCACGCAAAGACUGCCCACUGCUGCAGAUCUUCUUCAAAUUCGAUCAUAUGUCUAUGCAGAAGAGCCAAAUAUUGACAUCCAUAACUUUGUGGGGACUUUUACAAGGGAAGACAGUGACCCUCCCAUCAAUGAAAGCUUAAGUAUAGAGAAUACACUCUGGGCUGGCACAGUCAUAGCAUCAGGCACAGUUGUGGGUGUAGUCCUUUAUACUGGUCGAGAACUAAGGAGUGUCAUGAAUACUUCCAACCCAAGAAGUAAGAUUGGCCUUUUUGACCUAGAAGUGAACUGUCUCACCAAAAUACUCUUUGGUGCUUUGGUGGUGGUGUCUCUUGUCAUGGUGGCACUGCAGCACUUUGCUGGCCGCUGGUAUCUACAGAUCAUUAGAUUCCUACUCUUAUUUUCCAACAUCAUUCCUAUAAGUUUACGUGUCAACCUAGACAUGGGGAAAAUUGUAUAUAGCUGGGUGAUUCGAAGGGAUUCCAAAAUUCCUGGCACAGUGGUUCGUUCCAGCACAAUUCCUGAGCAGCUUGGACGAAUCUCCUAUUUACUUACAGACAAAACAGGGACUCUUACCCAGAAUGAGAUGGUCUUUAAACGACUCCACCUUGGAACAGUUGCUUAUGGAUUAGAUUCAAUGGAUGAAGUACAGAGCCACAUAUUCAGCAUAUACACCCAGCAAUCUCAAGACCCACCCACUUUAAAGGGCCCUACACUUACCACCAAAGUCCGGAAAACCAUGAGUAGCCGUGUUCACGAAGCUGUGAAAGCAAUUGCCCUCUGCCAUAAUGUUACACCCGUCUAUGAAUCUAACGGGGUCACGGAUCAGGCAGAAGCGGAGAAGCAUUACGAGGACUCGUGCCGGGUAUACCAGGCUUCUAGCCCAGAUGAGGUGGCCCUGGUCCAGUGGACUGAAAGCGUAGGUUUAACCCUGGUGGGCAGAGAUCAAUCUUCUAUGCAGCUGAGGACCCCUGGUGGACAGAUUUUGAACUUCACCAUUCUCCAAAUCUUCCCAUUCACCUAUGAAAGCAAACGCAUGGGGAUCAUAGUAAGGGAUGAGUCCACAGGAGAAAUCACAUUCUACAUGAAGGGAGCAGAUGUUGUCAUGUCUGGUAUUGUACAGUAUAAUGACUGGCUAGAAGAAGAGUGCGGCAACAUGGCCAGAGAAGGCCUGAGAGUUCUUGUGGUUGCCAAGAAAUCUCUGACGGAAGAGCAGUAUCAAGACUUUGAGGCACGCUAUGUCCAGGCAAAGCUCAGUGUUCAUGACCGUUCCCUCAAAGUGGCAACUGUGAUUGAGAGCCUGGAAAUGGAAAUGGAGCUGCUUUGCCUGACUGGAGUGGAAGACCAGCUGCAGACAGAUGUGCGGCCCACUUUGGAGACCCUGAGGAAUGCAGGCAUCAAGGUUUGGAUGCUGACGGGAGACAAACUGGAGACAGCUACAUGUACAGCCAAGAACGCACAUCUGGUAACCAGGAACCAGGACAUCCAUAUUUUUAGAUUGGUGACUAACCGGGGAGAAGCACAUUUGGAGCUGAAUGCGUUCCGCAGGAAACAUGACUGCGCCCUGGUGAUCUCUGGUGACUCCCUGGAGGUGUGUCUGAAAUACUAUGAGUAUGAGUUCAUGGAGCUGGCCUGCCAGUGUCCAGCAGUGGUCUGCUGCCGCUGCGCCCCCACCCAGAAGGCCCAGAUUGUGCGUCUUCUGCAGGAACGGACGGGGAAACUGACCUGUGCUGUAGGUGAUGGAGGCAAUGAUGUUAGCAUGAUUCAGGAAUCUGAUUGUGGUGUAGGGGUAGAAGGAAAGGAAGGAAAACAAGCAUCUCUUGCUGCAGAUUUUUCCGUCACUCAAUUUAAACAUCUGGGCCGAUUACUUAUGGUUCAUGGAAGGAACAGUUACAAACGCUCAGCCGCCCUCAGUCAAUUUGUUAUCCACAGAAGCCUCUGUAUCAGUACCAUGCAGGCUGUUUUCUCCUCAGUGUUUUACUUUGCCUCUGUCCCCCUUUAUCAAGGAUUCCUCAUCAUUGGGUAUUCCACUAUUUACACCAUGUUUCCUGUAUUCUCCCUAGUCCUGGAUAAAGAUGUCAAAUCUGAAGUUGCCAUGCUGUAUCCAGAACUCUACAAGGACCUCCUUAAGGGACGGCCAUUGUCCUACAAGACCUUCUUAAUAUGGGUUUUGAUAAGUGUCUAUCAGGGUAGCAUCAUUAUGUAUGGAGCAUUACUACUAUUUGAAUCUGAAUUUGUCCACAUUGUUGCAAUCUCCUUCACGUCCUUGAUUCUUACUGAGCUGUUGAUGGUGGCAUUAACGAUUCAGACAUGGCACUGGCUCAUGAUAGUGGCGGAAUUGCUCAGCCUCUCCUGUUACAUCGCCUCCCUGGUCUUCUUACAUGAGUUCAUUGAUGUUUAUUUCAUUGCCACCGUAUCAUUCUUGUGGAAGGUCACGGUCAUCACCUUGGUUAGCUGUCUUCCCCUUUAUGUCCUGAAAUACCUACGAAGGCGAUUUUCUCCUCCGAGUUACUCGAAGCUCACGUCGUAGCCUGCUCAUCUGUUGGCAAGAACCGUUAUUUUGCACAUUAUUGAUGGAAAACGAGGAUAUACUCUGACUAUUAAUAUGACUACUUAUGAUAGUUGUGUAUGGAUCAUGCAGUAAUUGCUUGUAUGUGCUGCUUCUAUGUGAAGAGACUUUACAAAUUCAGUUAACUGAACCCUUUUGCAGAGUAAUUGGGGUGGGGUGGGUACAUACAAGCGUCUCAUUGGGUCACUUUUGCCCCUCUUCAAAUAUAAUUGAAUUGAGUGGGUGUGAAUAUGUAGAAAAUUGGCAGCUUGGCCAAGAUAUCCAUGAGGGGGCACCAUGAAAGCGGCUUAAUGACCCUGACUUGGGACAUCAUAUGGCAGCAGUUGUAAAUGAGAAGACAAUUGCAAGGAAGUAUUUUGCUUUGGUAUAGAAUUGUCCUAAUGUUGCUUUAUUUUAAUUUAAAGUUGUCUUUCUAGUGACAUACAGCGGCACUUGGUACAUUUCGAGGAAGGCUGUGAGCAUCAUAUAAAAUUAUUUAAAAAGAAAUCUGCUUUGCAAUCUUGUGGUGUCACUUUUCCCUUCCAAGAGGCACCACUAUUCAUUAGAAUAGCCCAAGACAGAAUUUUCCAGACUAGACUCCUUGACCCAUUUAUUCUUUAAUAUGGUCUAAUGCCCAUGGUACUCCUUUCAGGCUCACUAGCCACCUAAUCAAUAACUUUUAUAGGUGUCAUCAUCCUUUAUAAUAACAGAAUGGUACAGCAACUUGCCAAGAAUCUUCCCUAAACUUCAGCAGAGUUCUCUAGUGGGAAAUUUACUGCAGAGCUGCCUCUAAGUGUCGACAAUGUGAUAAGAGACUCAACUAAUUCUUUAGACAAUAUGGCAGAUGGGGCUUAAAUCCUCUGAGACUACAAAGGAAAGGUCAGAGAACUACUGCCACUCUUUGCUUCCAUUAAAAAAAAAUCUGUUUCCUGUUAAGAGGAAUUAAUGAAGAUGAUCUGACAACAAGCCGAGACUUUUUACACUGUUGCCAUUCAUCAGUGGCUUUUUAAAACAAGAUGGAGAGAAGGCCACAACCACAGCUUUGGGAGUGGGAGUGUGCUUCAAUGAGACAGAUCUGAAGGCAAACUUGUCAGUGGUAAAGUCAAACAGUCAGUGGUAAAGAUUUCUCUCCCACUGGGGCUGAGAGCCUUGGGGUGUGUUUCUUAUAAAGCAGUGUUUCAUGUGAAACAUGACUUGUUUCAAAGAGUGAUAUAGGAGAUUUAGAAGAGUUUUCCCAUAGGGCAAAGGAAUUCUUGGGUUUCAAAAUCACACGUUUAAAUAUAGCUGCUUGUGCAGUAGAGAAGAAAUGAAUGAGUCUUCAUUAGUAACAUAUAUUUAAUGUCUAGGCUUCAUGGUCUAGCACCUCAUGAGCUCAUACCUUCCAAAGUGAAACCUCCAGUAGUAAAAUGAGAUGCUGAUGCUGGAUGCCCCAAAAGUAUGUGCUUGAAGACACAAAGCUACCACUGCCUAGUCCCCAACCCCAUCACUAUGCCAGGAUGAUUCCCACUAACCAGCGUGGUACUUGGAAUAGGUGGUUUCAUUGUUUUGCUUAGAGCCAGGGUGUCAAACUCAAAGAGAAAUGUUAAACAUUUCACCAUACUUAUGAUCCCUGCAGGCUGCAUUUUUAUUUAGAAAAUGACAUAUGGAUAUUAUCUAUGUUUUAUUUUAUUUUUAUUUAUUUUGUUAAACAUUUCCCAAUUACAUUUAAAAAAAUCCUCUUAUCUUCCAUCUUAGUAUCAAUACUUAGUAUUGGUUCCAAGGAAAAGAGCAGUAAGGGCUACUCAAUUAGGGUGAUUUGCCCCGGGUCACACAGCUAGGAAGUGUCUGUGGCCAGAUUUGAGCUGAGCAUCUCCACUGUCUAGGUCGGCUCUCUUUCCCCUGAGCUACCUAGUCGCCCCUCACAAUUACAUUCUAAUCGGAGUCAGCCAUACCCGGGAAUAUUGUGGGCUACAUGUGGCCCACCAGCUUCAGGACUGACACCUCUGGGUCCAGUUGUUUGUAUUUUCAACAUUGCCCUUCCAGCACCUGACCAAGCUCUAAAUCCCUCUUCAAGAGUGAAAGUAAACUGCUGACAGGAAUAGAUUGUCCCUUGAAGUUUUCCACUUCCUCAAGUUUGUGUGACUUGGAUCUUUUGACUUGGAAAACCAGCCUGUUAUUUGGUCUUUCACAUCAUCUUUUUUUUUUUAACCAUACUUUCUGUUUUCCAGUAACAACUCUUAAGACAGAAGAGUGGCAAGGGCUAGGCAAUUGGGGUUAAGUGACUUGGCCAGAGUCAAACAGCUAGGAUGUUUCUGAGGUCAGAUUUGAGCCCAGUUGCUUCCAACUCCAGGCUUGGCACUUUAUUUACUCUGUUACCUAGUUAGUUGCUCCUCCUUCACAUCUUCUUAAUCCAGCCAUUUGCAGAGUAGAAUAAAAGAUAUGAUGAAGAAAAAAAAGACUGAAUGGAUUGUGAGAGGAGUGGCAUUUAUUCAGAUGCUUAAAAAAUGAGAAAGCAUGUUGCAGGGUUUUUGUAGUUUUAAAGUAGGAAGAGAAGCUUGCACUAAACUUUCAUGAAGUCUUUGAGCUCAGUUGAUACAACUCUCAGUGUACCCAAAAGAACUAGAGACCCAUCUGAUCCUCUCUUUCUGAGGUUACAAACACCAAACUGGAUGGUUUUUGAAGAGACUGGAGCUGUAUGCAGUGGUGCUUUCAUGCAAAAGUUCUGUCAGAUGAAUAGAUAGAAGUCACUGUUUUUUUUUAGAGAAUAUUUUUUCCUCUUCAAAAACUAGCUUGACUAUUUUAGUAAUCUUUUUCUUCUCCAUAGGUAAGCAAGGCAGGCAGAAUCAUACAUAGGAGGCAUAAGUUGAAUUAUGUCCUCUAUGAACCUCAGCUGGUUGUUUGAAAAUAACAUAUCAGAGAAUAUGGAUAUAAUUACCAUGUAAAAAGCUUUCAGUUCUUUGGGUCCUUUUAUAUCUCCCAUUUUCAUCAAGAGCCCCAAUUUCUUAAUUCAGGUGUGGUAAAAACAGGGCUUAUGGCAGACACUGAAACUGAUACUUGACAAGAAAGGGAAAGAGUGUUUAAUAGUUUAGGAAUCCUGACCCACGGAAGCAGGGGAUUUGGUGAAAUGCCAUCCAUGCAAACUCUCAUCAUGUUAUCUAGCUUAGCUUUUAUAGAGACCAUCAGUAAGGAGUAUCCCAAAUAUCCACAUAAGGAAAGGAACCAAUUGUCUCUUGCUCUGGUGUGAACACAUGGCAGCCUUCUGCACUUCGAUUUCAGACCCUAAGGACCAUUUAGUAAUUGCUGACUAUUCUCAGGAAUCAGGGGGCCACUCUACAUACUGGGUACAAAUAGAGUGAGAGUCAGUGUUUUUUGGACUCAGUCCAAAUGCUGCUAUGGAGUCCAUAUUGACAAAAAUUAAGUCUUACACCAUAAAGGAAAAAGAACCAACAUUUGGAGACUUCAUAUGGGGAUUCUGGCCAAUUUGAGAAGCAUGCCAUUUUGAUUGUUCUCCUGAGAUAUGUUGUAGAGAAGCCUCUUGGGUCAAUAAAGUUUCCAAAUCAAGGUUCCAUUUCCUUCUUUCUGGUUCUGCUGACUUUUCAUUUUUUGGCAUUUCCCUCCUAAAAUCACUGACCUGGAAUGGACCUCAAGCUCUUCCCCUGUCUCUGGGCAAAACUGCAUUGAAGUCUUAGAGAGUGUCACUGAUUUCCAGGGGACACUCUGGCCAAUUAGCUUAACAGAGUAAAUGUGCUUAGUUAGCACUGUCAAAGCAAUCCUUUUCCUUGAAAAAUCAAAAAACAAAAAAACCACCCUAAUAGUUCUGGCAGAUUGUUUUUUGUUUGUAGGGAUGUAUGAGUUUUUUUUUUUUUUUAGAUAAAGACCAAAUCUAAAUCAGGGGCAUAAACUAACUACUGUUUCUUUAGUACUUUUUUAUUGUUGGCAUUUUGGAUGUGUGUAUGUGUGCGUGUGUGCGUGUGUGCGUGCAUAUGCACAUGUGUGCACGUAUGCACGUGUGUGCAUAUGCGUGCUUGUGUGUAUAUCUUCACCUCAAUGCAUUUGGGAAUAGGCUGAGGGUUUUUAGUGUUAGGCUGGCCAGCAGCUUAACUCAAAAUUCUAGCCUCUCAGACAAGGGAGUUUUAUUGCAAAGUACCCAGGGAGCACGAGAUGCACUCUGUUCUCCAAACAGAGGCAUCACACUUUUACAGCAGUGAAGGGGAAGUGGGAUGAAUGCUAUUCCCCACCCCCUCCCCCAUUUCAUAUUUUAUGUUGUUUUUAGGCUAGUUUCCCUCGAAUUAAGACUCUCCUUUUUGUAAUACUCACAUUAAAUACCGAUGUAUGUUUACUAAAUAUUUCCAUGAUACUGUUCCCUAUUGGAAACUUAGGUAACACAAAAUACUUUUUAAUGAAUUUUGAAUUUUGCGCUCAAUGGAAAAUGGAAAUUUUAAUGCUUGUUCCUUUAGACAGGAUUUUGUUUUUAUAUUUUUUGUUAUUAUUUUUUAAUUUGUAGAAUUGGGGGAUAAUGGUCGUCUGGGCUCACAUUUUUGUGAGGAGUAGCUAUAAACCUUUAUCCCAAAAUAUUUGUUUCAUGUUCUUUAUUUUGACUUGAAAGCAAAGACCUACAAGCUGUUUUCCAAUGUCUUCUCUCUUCUAAAAUAAUUUCCUUUCUUUUCCACUUCUGUUGGUCUAUAGAUACCUGUUUUCUUCUUUUUUUUUUUUGGAGGAAGGAGGUAAGGAAGGAUUCAUCCAUUCUCUCUGAUUCCAAUGCUAAGUGUUUCUUUUUGAGUUAUAUCAAAAUUCUAUUCCCUCUAGGAUUUCAUGUUGCCAUUUAAAAAGAAACAAGCAAUUUUUUUAAGAAUAUAGAAGAUUUUGUUCCUCCCCCUUACUUCCUGCUUUACUUCAACCUGGCCUUGCCUGUGUAGCUUUCUUAGGAAAUAUUUUCUCUAAUUUUAUCCUUUUUUAUGAGAAGUACUGAUUAUGUUUUGAAAGAAGAUAAUUGCAGUGUGGCAUAGCACUAGAUUUGUAGUAAGGACCUAAGUUCAGAUCCUGGCUCUUAUACUUUUACAAGCUGGGUGUUCUUGGCCAAAUUACUUCCCCUCUGUGAACCUCAGUUCCCCUUCUUUGUAUAAUGAGGGAACUCUACCAGAUGAUCUAAGACCCCCUUGAAUUGUAAAUCCCAUGAGUCUGUGAAAAUGAACAUGACACACAAUGACACCAUUGCCACAAAAACAUUGCCUUUUCAUGCCAAAGUAACAUUGCUUAUGCACCCACAUCCUUGACAUUUGCUAAUAUGAUGAACAAUCCUUGAAUAUCAUCAUGCAGUAUAUACAGUAUUAUCAGGCUUCCUUGAGAGGGCUAGAUGAUAGCAACAGGAGCACGAAUUGCCAAACUAGUGUUUAAUUUGUCAGUUUGUUGUAAGGGAAGUAAAGUUAGGUUUAAAACUCAUCCAGAAUUCUAAGAUUUCUUCAUUGAUGAUUCCCUCAAAUAUUACAUAUACAUGCACACACACAUACACACACACACAAACACACACACAUAUAUAAAUGUAUAUAAAAGCCUCAAACUUGCAAAGUAUUUGUGAGCACAUGGUUUUUUGAUUAGAGGGGAAUUUUAGUACAAUAUGGUUUAAUUUAACAAGAAAUCCCAGAUGAUUUAAAUUCUAAAACUUAUGAUGACACACUUGUGAUCUUGAGCGUUUCAAAUAUAGUUCUUCUUUCAUUGUUUGCCAAUCUGGUUCAUUCCUGUUGCCUAAUAAAAGUUGUGUAUGCUUUGCCUUUAAAGAUCAUUUUAAUUUCUGUGGAAAUAUGAUUCCUGGUGUGGAGAUGAUAACUAUUUAUUGUGAUGCUAAUGUUUUGUACCCAUCACCUAAUACACGUGAUGUAAAUAACUUAUUCAAGUUCUCAAAGGUCUUGACUUCAGUGAAAAAUGAAUGCAAGCUAUUUAUUGUUCUGUGCCCUUGUAUGGCCCAGAUGGAAUUGAUGUAAAUGAAAAAAAAAGGUGAAAAAAUAAAUUUUAUGCAACUUCAUGUUUUCUUUACAUA